AGCUUUGACGUCGUGGGCAGAAAGCAUUUUCCAGUACGGCUUCGAAGCGAAUUUCGGUCUGCUGCUUGGUCGGUAUGGGUGCCCAUUCGUGUGAGUAAUCCCUGCGAUGAUUGGAGUGGAUUGUCAGAAUUGAUGAGAAGGCUUGAUGUGGAACAUCGCUUUGAAGAGGCGUGGAUGCCGAUGGCCACGACUGCAACUGGUCCGCCGGCGGCUUCGACGAGUAACGUAAUUGAAAACCACUCAUCAAGUCCUCCCUGCCGCCCUUCAUCCCCGGUCGAAAAAGUCCUGGACCGAGCGAUCUUAGCCUUCACUGCGCGUUGGCUUCCAUUGGGCCCGGGAGCGACCGAACCUGAUGAGAUUGCGGCGACCAGUUGGCGAAGCUCAAGAUCUGAUAUGGUUGCGCUGCUCAACCAAGUCUCGUAUCGGUCGGUGCUCUCACUGUAUUUGUUCGCUCAAACGCCCGUACCAGCGGGUAUAUGCGAAGAGGAAGAGCUUUCGGGCAUCACAGGGCCAGUCUGCAUGCACACAGCUCUGAUGCACAUCCAAAAGCUACGGCAGCGGUGCGAUCCAGUUAAAAAAGGUCUGCUGAAUAUCACGCAGACGUUCCUGGAUCUCGAGAGCAGGGCGUAUUGGGCCGCAGUUAUGUGGGACACAUCCGAUGCGAUGACCAGUGACAUGCGCACGCUGCUGACGUCGGGCCUAAAUGGCGCCUGCAGCGAGCCUGCGUGGCGGCUGUCCAAAGCCUUUCUUGUCGGCUCGUUCGGCCCUGCGACCGAGGAGUGGUGUGUAAACGGGGCUGAAGUCACGGAUGAGCGUGCCUCCCAAAUCAUCGGGGCAGCGUCCGUCUGCCAGACGCUCAUGUGGAAGAGCAUUACGUCCGUCAAGGAGGCGUUGCGCGAGGGAGUCGACGAAGAGACGGUCCUUUGGGUAUGGGGAUCGCUCCAGGAAACCAUGGUCAUCUUCAAGAAAUCCGUCCAGCCUCCACUUUCGGGAUGCGAGAGACGGAUUCACUUUCUCAGCCAGCGGAAUCGAUUCGGUUGGUUUCAAAUCACGCUACAAUAUUGCAUUGGCGUGAUGGUUCUUGUCGAAGCACUUCAAGUCGCAAAACGCUCCGAUCUUGCGCAGCAGCUGCAUGAAAUACGAAAACAAGUCGAACACGACUCGUUCGCCAUCCUCAAGUUCGGGACAGACAACAUCUACCACAUGCCAACGCGAGGUAUCGCCGAGUCGGAUGGCGAUUCGACACCAGCAACGCAGUCGCUGAAGUUGUCGUUCAUAGCGCUGUACGCGUUUCCGCACCUUGUCGUCACUCUGGCGCAGCUGUUGGGCCGAGUCGCGGUGCGGAAGCGUCACACAGGCGAGGUAGACAGUGCUGCUUUCGCCCACCUGUCGUCGAUGGUGAUGGACUCGCUUGAGCAGCUGCCAAAGAGCUCGAGGGCUGCGAGGGCUGCCAUACGAGGCUUGGAAGCCACUGUCGGCGAGGCCAUGGACUAGCGCUGUGGAGGAGCGCUUCCGGCCAUGCCAACGUCCCCGCUGAUGUCGUUCCUUUGCUCCCUCAAGCAGGCGGCUGGGACGUGUACACG